UGAGUCAUAGGAACGUGACGACUCACCAGGCCAGCCGUCGUUGACUGGACAAUACUUGGCUGAUCAAGUCUUAAGAGAGACUAUAUUGCUAUAAAGAGAUGCAGAGAAUGACUAGCCUCCUAGCAGGAGCUACUGCCCUUUUGAGUUUCCCAGGGGCUGGGCUGAACUUCGUUGCUUCCACCAAGACUUUCUCCCUUAGUCUGUUGGGAAUAGUCCUCGCAUACACACCCGCCAGAGGGCUUGAAAGGUGUACUUUUCGUGCGAGAUCUCUUCUUAUCUCGGACAAGCGGUGCAUGGCCUUUUGGAGGUGCCUGUUUAUCGCCGCAGAGUUGCGCCCUCUCCGCUUCCACCUUUAGCAUUUAGCACGAAAUUUCACUCACUCACUCACAGAACCGUCCUCACCGGUGAAGCCACAUGAAGGUAUUUUAUCGUGCCAAGAUGUUAGGCGUGUAUGCACA